AUGGAUGACAUCUACAUGAAUAAUGAAGUUUUGAACUCUCAGUGUACUUUGCCAUCUUCCAAGAAACAUGAAAUGUACCUAAAAUCAAGCAGGAGCUCACAGAAAGAUGAGGCAGAGUUUGACAAUGUCUAUAUGAAUUUUGAGACCUUGAAUGUUUAUUCUCUUGCUUCUGCCAAACAAACCAAAAUCACAACUGACAAGGUGAGCAGCUCUUCACAAGAAGAAAGAGAACAAAAGCCAUGGCGUAACAGAGAGGCAGGCUGCUGCGGGCUGUCUGCUUGCUCUUGCUGUUGGGUGGUGGUGUCUCUUAUUGUGUUGCUCAUUCUGUUGCUGAUUGCCUUUGGAAUAUUUAUAAUACAUGCUGAAAAUAAGUUGCAGGAUAUGAAAAAGGCCUAUGCUGGCUUAUCAGAAAAUCACUCCUUAGCAAACGAAGAGCUCAACCUUUUGUGGAAUAACUUCACCCGUUUAUCAACAAAGCAUCUGACUCUUCAGUUUAAUUACAGCACACUUUUUGACAAAAAGUGCCCAAUUUGCCCAUAUGGAUGGCUGAUUAAUCAGACAUCAUGUUACUACAUCUCGACUGAUCAAAUGAAUUGGAAGGAUAGUCAAGGUGAUUGUGCAGCCAAAGGAGGGCAUCUGGUGAUAAUCACAAAUGAAAAGGAGCAGAUAUUUUUGAAAGAACAUGUCAGCAAGUCAGAUGUUUGGAUUGGUCUCUCUGAUUUAAAAGAAGAAGGAAGGUGGAUUUGGGUAGACAACACAACACCCAUGAAAAGCUACUGGGGAGAAGGACAGCCUGAUGACUGGAAAGACGAUACUCCAAAUGGAGAGGACUGUGCUCAUAUAAGACACUGGGCAGACUCCAUCUAUAACUGGAAUGAUGUACCUUGUGAUAACAGCAUAGGAAGAGUUUGUGAAAAAGAACAAAACAACAUCUUUUAAAGCUGAUACUUAAAAUUACUUUUACUUUAAUUUUCAUAUCUCUUAAAUGACGUUAAAAUGUUUUGUAAUGUGUGUAUUGUCACCACUGUAGUGCUGAUCCUGGACAUUGAUUGUUAUCUUCCUUGUCAGUGAACUUAAAAGCACAAGUUUGUGUUGUUGGGUGAUGGAGCCUAUCCUGGCAGCUUGGAGAGCAGGACAUGUGAUGGCCUUGGCCAGUGCCCACUAAUGUACACACACAUCCACACUUGUUCAUAUUAGGACCAAUUUGGAAUUGCUAGUCAACCUUAAAUGUCUAUCUUUUUCGGGAAAUGGGAGGAAAACCAACACAGACACAUACAGGAAGAAUAGGCAAAGUCUACAUAGGACAGGAUUCAGACACAGGACAUAGGAUCCAUGAAGAUGGACCAAGCUGCUCCGAUAAGAAAGUUCUGCCCUACAAUUACUUUUAUCUUUUUUACUGUGCUAACAUAGAAUUUAGAAUGUAACCUUUUCACAUUUAAAUUAAUAUAAAAACCAAACAGCCAGAUUCAUAAUUGCUGCAUAACUCAGAGCUAAAGCUGUAUUACCAAUGCGAGUUCCAUAUGGCAAGACCUCAGAAUAUGUAGCGGUGAAAAGAGUGUUGCCUGGUCCACAGUUUUCUCAUCCAGUUGGACUAUUUUUAAUCAUUAUCCACGGGAAAAGAAUUGGCUUUCACGGGAUUGCAGUUUUCUGGGUUACUUUAAAAAAAAAAAAAAACAAAGUGGGAUUUUGGGCUAUUUUUCAACCCACCCCUCCACCACAUAUUAACAAUGUUUUUCAUUUAUCUGUCACCUGUUCCACAUUGUUCCACAACCGCUACACACCAUUCCACAUCCUGCUUCGCCUCCACUGGCUCCCUGUGCCUUACAGGAUUGAAUUUAAAAUUCUAUUAAUUACCUACAAACCUCUAAAUGGCCUUGCAUCAGACUACAUCAGUGACCUUCUCCAUCGCUAUGUCCCUGUUUACCCACUAUGUUCCUCUGAUUCUGGCCAUCUUGUUUUGCCCCACAUUAACCUACACUCCAUGGGUGACAGCAGGGCCUUCAGCUGUA